CGAGACUAUCAUCAUCUUCUUGAUGAGAUUGAGCAUCGCACUGUAUCACAUCAGUUUGAGAUCGAGAAAAUGGGACUUCCAAAGACUGGCAAGUUCCUUUAUCUGAUCAUCAAUUACAAAGCUCGUCAACAAAUCGCAUCACUGGUUGCAAAGCAAGGAAAAACUCUUCAUACCACACUCGAGAAGUACAAUACACUAGCAGCAAGCAUGAACCCACCAAAGCUGAGGCUGACCUGGGAGGAUGUUACCAGUUUGGACUUCAUUUCCGACAUCGUAAUACUGCAUGGCUGUGGAGAUAUUUGUGAUAAGCCCUGGGCACAACUUCUCUUUCGUAAUGCCAUGCAAGCAUGGUUCAAGCUGCAGCAGGCUCAUGAGGAAAUUGAGAUAAUUGCGAUCGAAGCUACACGAAUUUGGACAUCUAUCAAUGAGGAGGAGGCACACUUACACGAUUUCUUUGAUGUUACUCGCUUGACUGAUCCCAUCCUUGCAGCCUACAUUUCCUUGGUCUUCCAAUACUGCCUCAACGUGAAUUCACACCUACAUGCAAAACUUACCCAGUUGGCAAAA